UGCAGAAAAACAGAAGAUAUGCUCAAUUUAUGCAGCCGAGCAGACAAAAUUGUAAAGACAAACGACGACCCCCACUUUGUAUAUAAACUAUGUAGAUCAGUAGGCCUAUAUCCAGUAAACCAACUACAUUCAUUACUGCAGCAUCUCCGCGGUGUGUCGAGUCGAAAUAGAAGCCUAAAAGUGCAAAGUUGAAAAAUAUCGAAGAAUAUUUAACGAAGAAUAUUACCGCGUACGGUGUAUCAAACAGCAAAGUGUUUUGUGAAAAUUUAGAAUUCAAUUCUAAAUAAGAAACUCAAAUAAAAAGAAAUCGAAAAAAAAAAAUUCAAAAACCAAAAUGCGCGCCUUUAUCAUCGUACUCGCCUUAUUCGCUCUCAGCGCCUACGCAGCGCCACAAUAUGGAUACGAGCCUGCUAGCAGCGGCAGUGGAUUACCCGCACGUAGCAGCAGCGGCAGCAAUGGAAUCCUGCCCGGCGCUGGUAUUGGUGGUGGGAGCGCAGCACCCGGUGGUGCCAUUGGCAAUGGCAAUUCGCUAAGCCAUAGCAGCGGACGUGGUGGUGACAAAUACUUGCCACCCGAGUCUGAGCAGCAAGCACCACUCAUCAACAAGCAAUUCUACACCAUCUCGGCACCCGAAGAUAAUGCCACCAAAGCGAAACACUUGGUUUUGGGCAAACCACAAAAGAAUUUCCGUGUGAUCUUCAUUAAGGCACCAACACCCGAUAAUGUUAAAUACUCUGCUGAAUUUGCGCCACAAGAAGAGAAGACCGUUAUCUAUGUAUUGCACAAGAAGGGUGAGGAUAUCGAUGCUGCCAACAUUGCUACACCAGCACCAACUGUGCCCAGCAAACCAGAGGUAUUCUUCAUCAAAUACAAGACACCCGAGGAGGCACAACAAGCGCAGAAGGAAAUUCAGGAACAAUACGAUCAAUUGGGCGGCAACAAUCAGUUUGGCGAAGACACCGCACCCAUUACCUCUGUGGUGGGCGCUUUGGACAGUCUCAACCCUGAUGGCAGCUACAAUUAUCGUCAAGUGAACAGCGGCAGCUCCAAUUUGGCUGAGCCUCAACAGCCCAGCUCACAAUAUUUGCCAUCUUUCUUAAAGCUUUAAGUUGUCCUGGCGAGACGCGAGACAUUAUUCACGACUCACGACCCCCAAAAAGAGGAGAAUUUAGUUUUAGUUUAGAAAUGUUGACUAAUUUUUAAGGGAAUGCUGUGGCAAGCAUAAUCAUUUGUUUUGCUAUGCCUUGUUUACAUACAUACGCACAUUGUUAUUCUUUGAUAUUUUUUAUUUGUUAUUUUUGUUACUUGUUGUUGAUUUUAUAUAUAAUAAAUUGAGAUUGAAACUCGUCGAAAACGUAAAAGCGAAAAAUUGGUUUUUGUUUGUAUGUUGCUGACAGUGGUGGCUUCCAGUGCUGUUGGGAAAUUCCAAGAAAUAUUUGCAUAUAACUUUUUUUAAAUUCCCAAGCGAACUUCUACUGUGUGGGCUUAUGUUCGCAUAAUUUAGAAUUGGAUUUAG